AUGAUUCGAGUAUAUUGGCUAACCGUUGGGGUGGAUCCAAGGUCCUUAAAGUUUAAGAAGAAUUUGUACGGGAAACCUGAGGUGGAUUUGGAGAUUUACACAACUAAUAAUCCAAAAUUGCAAUUCAACAUCUCCCACACAGAUUCAUUGAUAGCUUGUGAAGUGACAGUAAAUGCUCCGGUUGAUGUUGAAGACAAGAGAAGGAAGAUGCAUGAUGUGUUGGCUUGCAAAGAGAUUUUACUCAUCUCAAGAUGUCAACUUUUUCCAACUGUACGCUAUACAUACACUGACGCUCGGCGAGAGGUAUUUAUUAAGCAUUGGACUUACAAAGAAGCAUAUGUGAAGGCGGAAAAGGCUUCUCUGCUUCACAUUUUAACCCCUUUUCAAUCAUCCAAGCCGAGGCUGGAUACAAUCUUUGCGAGGCAGGGAGAGAAUGGUAGUUUAGGCGUAUUGCUUCAUCUCAUUUACGCUGCAAUCUGCAUUGAAGAUGAUGAUGACGCUUAUGGAGUUGAAGCUCUUAUGAAUGUGAUUAUUCACAGAACCAUCCCUUACUUAGAUGGAUUUAUCUAUGAUUAUGAAAAUACUGUUUCUAGAUUGUAG